CGCACACUGAGCCCGGGAAUGAAAUAAGCAAGUCACAGACUGACAGACGGAGCGACAGACGGUACUUGCUUUGCUUGUACUUCAGGCAUUAACUGUUAACGUGUCGAGUGUGUUCUACAGAAGUCGAUAAAUCAUAUCUCUGUUCUGAUAUUGAAUAUAAUAAAUUAUGGCAGCAGCUUGUGUCGAUUCGCUUCAGCUGCUUCUGCCUCAUGAUUGGCCAAAACAAGAAGUCAUGACUGGGACCACCAUCAUAGCAGUGGAGUUUGAUGGUGGUGUGGUUGUGGGAGCUGACACCCGCACAUCAUCUGGCACCUACGUCUCUAACCGAGCUACUGACAAACUCACCAAAGUAACUGACAGCAUCUACUGCUGCCGCUCAGGGUCUGCUGCUGACACUCAGGCUAUUGCACAUGUGGUAGCUUCCCACAUGGAAAUAUUGGAAGUGAAGAGUGGCGAGGCUCCUUCAGUGCGCGUUGCAGCAAGCACGUUCCGUGAGAUCUGCUAUAAGUACAGAGACAGCCUCUCAGCCGGCAUCAUUGUUGCUGGAUGGGACAAGCAGAAUGGUGGACAGGUGUACAUGGUCCCAAUUGGCGGCAUGCUGAUCCGACAGAGCGUGGCACUGGGUGGCAGUGGCAGCACGUACAUCUGGGGCCACUUGGACGCCACGUACAAGCCUGGCAUGCAGAAGGAGGAGUGCGUCGAGUUCGUCAAGAAAGCCGUCACCCUCGCCCUCAACAGGGACGGCAGCAGCGGCGGCUGCGUCCGGGUCGGCAUCAUCACCAAGGAUGGCGUCGAGCGCCGCACCUUCCUCCACCACGAACUCCCCGAGUAUUACCUCGGAUAAUUUUAUUGAUCGUGCUUUUUCAAUCCUUGCUAGAGACAGUAAAAAUUCUUUUCAAA